AUGGGGGGUGUUGGGGUGUGCUGGGUGAGGACUGAGGGGUGGGGGAGCUCUGGGGGGUUUUGGGGGGCUCUGGGCAGGUCUGACGUGCCCCCCACAGUGGAGUUCCCGGCCCCCAAGAGUGAGGCGGUUCAGCGCUUCCCCGUGUGUUACCUGGGCUGUGUCCCUGUUGCCAAGCCUGUAGGCAUGGACGUGAUCAACGCGGCGCUGGAGGCGGCACUGGCCCCCAGCUCGGGGGAGCCCCCCGCACCCACUCCUGUCGUGGUCAGUGUGGCCCCUGCCACCCUCACCAUUGCCCACCGCCAGACGGAGGCGGUGCUGUGCGAGUGCCGCGUGCGGUUCCUGUCCUUCAUGGGGGUGGGACGCGACGUCCGCGCCUUCGCCUUCAUCAUGGCCAGCGCGCCCGGCACCUUCCGCUGCCACAUGGUGUGGUGUGAGCCCAACGCCGCGGGGCUCAGCGAGGCGCUGCAGGCUGCCUGCGUGCUCCGCUACCAGAAGUGCCUGGACGCGCGGCCCCAGGCCUCCAGCUCCUGCCUGCCGGCCCCCCCGGCGGAC